AUGCCGAGCCACCGCCCCGCGCCGCCGGCGCCCAGCGCCUGCUCUAGCUCGCACCGCGCACUCGCCCGACCUGCCGCGCUCACGCGCCCGCUCGAGCUCGAUGGGCACGCGCGCGCCUGCUCCUGGGCCGAGCCGCGUCCACCUCCUGCACGCCAGUGCGCCUCCACUCGCCCGCGCGCGCUCCGUCCUGGGCCCGCCAGCUCGCUCCGGGCCGCAUGCCUCCGCCCGGGCCCCGCUCUGGCGCCGCGUUGCUCCGGCUCCCACGCGCCAUCCGCGCCGCCGCGCCAGCGCUCGCGCACGCCGCAAUGCGCCUGGAUCCGCCCGCCUGAGCCGCAGCUGCUCGCCCAGCCCUGA